CUUUGCCUGCUUGUUCGCUGUCCAGUUGGGUGCUUCCCCCUGGCGGUCUCCUCGGACUUUUUUUUUUUUUCUUUUUGCCCGCGCUCCCACCCGUGGACGUUUCCCGGCAUCUCCCCCCUCCGGCGGGUCCCGUACGCCCCGGCGCAAGGCUCUUUCCCCUCCCUCCCCUGUCUGUGUCCCUCUUCUCCUGCGGCUUGAUCGGCGCAUCCCCCGGAUAGCAUGGGUUCCUGCGCGCCGGACACGGCGGGCCCGGUGCUUCGCCUGCAACAACCCGAUGGGUCCCUCCUGGUGGCCGGGGCCGGGGUGCUGUCGGAGCUGGCGGCGCUGCUUCGGCCGCUGGGCCGGCCGCAUGUGGUGCUGGUGUCGGAUCCGGAUGUGGCGGACGCCGGGCUGGUGGCCGCGGUGCUGGAGGCCCUCCAGCCGGCGGCCUGCCCGGGGGCGGCCCUUCGGUCGAUCGCCGAUGGCGGGGGCGCGCGGCUGCCACCCGGCGCCCCCGGGGCGGCGGUCUUCCUGCUGGACCGGGUGCCGGCCGGGGCGGCCGGGCUCGAGCCGACCAAGACCCGCGCGCAGAAGGAGCGCCUGGAGGACUUUGUCCUGUCACUGCCCGGGGCCGGGCGCGGGGCCACCCUCCUGCUGGCCAUCGGCGGGGGGGUGGUGUGCGAUGUGGCUGGCUUUGCGGCGGCCACCCUCUUCCGCGGGGUUCCCUGGGCGGCGGUGCCGACGUCGCUCCUGUGCAUGGUGGACGCCAGUGUCGGCGGCAAGACCGGCGUCAACACGGCGGCUGGCAAGAACAUGAUCGGCGCCUUUCACCCGGCGGCCGUGACGCUGAUCGACGUGCCGUGGGCAUUGCCGAGCCUGCCGCACCGGCACUUCCUGAAUGGCCUGGCCGAGGUGGUGAAGGUCGCGGCGCUGGCCUCGGCCGACCUCUUCGCGUCGCUGGAGCAGCAGGCCGAGCGGCUGGCCCGGCCGGCUGACAGCCGGGCCACGACAGCCGACUGGGAGCCAAUCGUGCGGCUGGUGUGCGAGGCCGUCCGUCUGAAGGCGAGCAUCGUGGCCGGGGACCUGCGGGAGGAGGCCCACCGGCGGGCGGCGGCCCCGGCCCCCGGGGGCAGCCUCUUCCGCGAGGCGCUGAACUUCGGCCACACGGUCGGCCAUGCGGUGGAGGCCCUGGCCGCCGGGCGCCUGCUCCACGGUGAAGCCGUGGCCAUUGGCCUGGCGGCGGAGUCCGCCAUCGAGGUGCACCUGGGCCCGGGGGAGCGCCGGCCGCUGGCGGCCGCGGCGGCCCUGCGCAUCGGGCGCCUGCUGCAGGGGCUCGGCCUGGAGACCGCCCUGCCGGGGGACCUCUGCCCGGAGGAGGUCCUUUUGCAGAUGGCCCGCGCGGACAAGAAGUCCGCCGGGCUGCUGGGGGCCGGGGCGCUGGCGGACGGUCUGGCCCCGGCCCCGGCCCCGGGGGCAGUCGGCCCCGUGCCGGACAUCCGGGUGACCCGGCUGCUGGACAUCGGGCGCGCGAUGGAUGGCGGGCGCGCGGGCCCGGUGGCCCCGGGGCUGCUGGGCUUCGCCCUGAGCCGGGGCGCGUGUUUGCGCCGGGCGCCCGGCGGCCGGGCCGACGCCGGGCCCCUGGAGCUCAGGGUCCCCGGGAGCAAGUCCCUCACCAAUCGGGCGUUGCUGCUGGCGGCCCAGGGCCGCGGGGCGUGUGUGCUGGAGAAUGCCCUCCUCUCGGAGGACACGCAGGUCAUGCUCCGGGCCAUCAAUGGCGGGCUCUUUGACGAGCACCCCCCGGAGGGCGGCCUCCUGCGCAGGGAGGCCAUCUGGCAGGAGGACGGGUCGCUGCGGGUGUCCACGCGCCAUGAGCCCGGCCCCGGGCCGGCGCCCACGCGGUCGCUGUACGUGGCCAAUGCCGGGACGGCGGCCCGGUUCCUGACCGGGUACCUGGCCCUGAAUGCGGCCACCGGCCAGGCGGGCCGGGUGUCGCUGCGCGGGUCGGCGCGCAUGCACGUGCGCCCGAUUGGCGACCUGACGGCCGCGCUGGCCGCCAAUGGGGCGGACAUUGGUGCCGCCGGGUCGCCGGGCUGUUUGCCGGUGGACAUCGCGCGCGGGUCGGCCUCCGGCGGGGCGAUGGCCGUCCGGGCGGACAUCAGCUCGCAAUACACGUCGGCCAUCUUGCUGGCGGCGCCCUUCGCCCGGGCCCCGGUCACAUUGCGCCUCCUGGCUCGGAAGGGCGCCGGGGCCGACCUCGCCUGCGGCCGAGUGACCAGCCAGCCCUACAUCGACAUGACGGUGGAUGUGAUGCGCGCCUUCGGCCUGGAGGCGCACUCGCUGCCGGAGGAUGAGCUCCCGGGCCCCGGCGUGCCGGCUGACCAGGAGGCCCGGCUCGGGUAUGAGGUCUCCCGGGCGGCGCCGGGCCACACCAACCCGAGCUCCUAUGCCGUGGCGUGCGAUGCCUCCUCCUCGACGUACCCGCUGGCGGUGGCGGCCCUGCUGCCGGCCGGCCGGGCGGUCACGGUCCGCGGGGUCGGCGCCCGGGACAUCCCCUGGCAGGGGGACGCCGGUUUUUGCCAUCUCCUCGCGCGCAUGGGCUGCGCCGUGGACCAGACGGCCGACAUGACGACCGUCACCUCGACCGGGCAGCUGAUCGGCGUCUCGGCGGACAUGUCCGGCAUGACGGACGCCUUCAUGACGGCGGCCGUGGUGAUGGCCGCCGCGCGUGGCCGAUCCACCAUCACCGGCAUCGCCAACCAGCGGGUGAAGGAGUGCGAUCGGAUUGCGGCCACGGCGCGCGAGCUCCGCCGGUGCGGUGUCCAGGUGUCCGAGCUGCCGGAUGGCCUGGUCAUCGAGGGGGCGGACCUGCUGGCGCCCCUGGCCGACCGGGCGACCGGGCCGAUUUUCAUCCACUGCUAUGAUGACCACCGGAUGGCCAUGAGCUUUGCCGUGCUGGCGGCGGUCCUCCCGUCGAUUGUCAUCAUGGAUAAGGAGUGCGUGCAAAAGACGUACCCCACCUUCUGGGGGGAUAUGCGGGCCCUGGGCAUGGUGUUUGAUGCGCCGGCCAGCCUGCCGGCCGAGGCCCCGGAGCCCGGGAUGCUGCCGGUCGGCGAGGCCCCGGCCGCCGGGCCCCCGGCCGCCGGGGGGUAUCAUGUCCUGCUGGUGGGCAUGCGGGGCGCGGGCAAAACCACGCGCGGCCGGCUGGCGGCCGGGCUGCUGGCCUGCCCCUUCUUCGAUCUGGAUGAGCUGCUGGCGCGGACGCUGGCCGGCGGGGCGCCGGAGCCCGGCGACAGCGAGGAGGCCGUGGCCGCGCGCACGCGGGCCGCCCUCCGGGCACUUGUCCAUGCCGAGGGCAUGGAGGGCUUCCGCCGGCGUGAGGCCGCCCUGCUGGCCGGGCACCGGCGGUGGCUGCUGGCCCGUGGCGAUGAGGCCCCCGGCGUGUCGCCGGUGCUGUCGAUCAGCGCGUGUGGCGGUGGCCUGGUCGAUUGGGCCGCCAGCCGCCAGCAGCUGACGGAAAUGCUCCAGGAUGCGCGCAUUCGCGUGGUCUUCAUCGACCGGGACCUGCGGGACAUCGAGGCUCUCCUGCAGGCCGAGGCCCCUGGGCCCGGUGCCGAUGGCCGGGUGGACUUGGGCGAGGCGCCGGGUGUGACCUACCGGCGCCGGCUGCCCCACUACCUGGGCCUGAGCCAUGCGGUGUACCCGGCCCGGGGGCCGGCGUGCGCCGGGCCGGCCGACGACGCGGCCCACUUCGCCGGGUUCCUGGCCGGGCUGUCGCCGGCGCGGCCGCCUGGCAAUGCGCUGCUCCAUGUGGGGGACCUCCGGCCGGAGGUGGUGCCGCGGGCGGUGGCCGCGAUGGGGGCCCGGGCGGCCGUGCACCGGGGCCACUCGGCCUUCCUGACGCUGACGCUGGCGGACUACCGGGCGCCGGUGCCGCACGCCGCGGACUUUGGUUUGGUUUUUUCCGGCGCCGACGCGGUGGAGCUGCGCCUGGACUGCGUGCCGGGGCUGGCCGCGCCGGAGCCGUGCCGCUGCCGGCCGGGCCCGGCCUACGGCCCGUGCUAUGGGGCGGGCCCCGGGGCCGGGUGCCUGCUGGCCAUGGUAUCCGAGCAGGUGGCCGCCUGCCGGGCAUUGCUCGCGGCCCAUGGGGCCGGGGCGAUGCCCCUGAUUGCCACCCUGCGGACCGCCCGGCAGGGGGGUGCCUUUGCCGGGUCCACCGACCAGGCGCUUGCUGUGCUGCAGCAUUGCGCGCGACUUGGCUGCCAGUUCCUGGACGUGGAGAUGGCCCCCGGGGAUUACGGCCUCCUGGCGGGGGUGUGCCCGCUGCAGGGUGUGCUGCCCUUCCGUGUCAUUGCCUCCUUCCACACGACGGACCCCGGGUUUGACUUGUCCCAGGCCGAGGCCCUGGUGGCCGGGCUGCCGACCGAGCUCUUCGGGCGCCUCUUCGCCGUCAAGGUUGUCGCCCCCGGAGUAGCUCCAUUGCGUACGCGGGAGUUCCGCCAGCGGGUGUUGCGCGCGGUCGACGCACGGGCUCGGCUUGCCGGGCAGGCAUACGCACCCCUCUCGGUGGUGGUGGAAACCGGCCCAGCGGGCCGGCACUCGCGCGUUCUCCAGCGCCUCUGCCUGCCGGUGACGCAUCGCCUGCUUGCGGCUCCCGGCGCGCCGGGACAGCUCUGCUUGCGGACGGUCAACACCCUGCGCCGGGACCUGCAGCAUUGUCGCAUGGCGGUGGUCGGCUCGCGGGUGCUGGUUCCCGCGCCGGCCGGCGCGCCGGUGGCCGGGUCCCUGUCGCCGGCCAUGCACCAAGCAGGCCUGGAUGAGAUCGGCCUUGCCGGCCGCACCUUCGAGGCCAUCAACGUGGACUCGGUGGACGGGCUGUGGCCUGCGAUCGAGGGCGAGGAGCCGGUCACCCGGCUGGCGGUGACGAUGCCCCUGAAGCGCGACGCGGUGCGGCACUGUGCCGGCGGCCUGUCGCCCGAGGCGCGGCUCAUCGGCGCCGUCAAUACGCUGGUGCGGGCGGCCGGCAAGCGGGCCCCCGGGGCCGGCGAGGCCCUGUGGACCGGCGACAACACCGACUGGCUGGGCGUGGCCCGGGUGGUGGGGCCGAUCCUGGCCCGGGCCUGGUCGCGCCGGCUGACCGAGCGCCUGGUGCCGGAGGCGGCCGGGCAUGUGGCAAUCGAGCCGGGCGCCGCCGGUCCGCGGCUGACGGUGGUUGUUCUCGGGGCCGGCGGCUCGGCGCGGGCGGCUCUCUUUGCUCUGUGCUUCGCGCUGGCCCUGCCGCUGGAUGUGCUGGUCUGGUCGCGGGGUCUCGACACGGGCGACCCGGGCGACCGGUCGACCGAGGCCCUGCUGGGGGAUCUGCUCGACUGGCGGCCGGACGGCCGGCAGCCAUGGGCCCCGGCGCCGGGGGUGCGCCUGCGCAUUCUCCGAUCGGCCGAGUCGCCGGCCGGGCCGGUGGACCUGCUUGUGAAUACCCUCCCGCCGGGGGCCUUUGCCGAGGCCCCGGGGGCCGGGGGCCGGGUGAGGGCCCUGGUGCGUGGUCUGGCCCGUGCCGGGACCGGGGCCCUGGUGGAUUUGGUGUACAAUGCCGGCCGGUUUGCCGGGGAUCCGGCCGGCCAGCCUGGCGACACGCCGCUCAUGGGGCUCCUCCGGCAGGAGGGGCCCGCCUACCGGGCGGCCGAGCGCCUGAGUGCCACCGACCCCGAGGCUCGGAGGUGCCUCGGGCAGCGGCUGCUGCCGCAGGCGGCCGGCCCCGGGGCGCCGGUCUUCAUUGACGGGACGCUGCCGCUGCUGGAGCAGGGGAUCUCGCAAUUCCAACUCUUCAAUGGGGGGCUGCGCGCGCCGCGGUGCGCCAUGCUUGGCGGCCUGGCCGCCGGCCUGGCAGGGCAGCGCUGACCCACACGGGCGCGCCCGGGAACCGUGGAAGGAAUGAAGGCACUUGUGUACGA